UCUCUGUCAAACGUCAAACAGAAGUAGAAUGUGUCAAAAAAACGCGCGUACGUUGUUUGUUUGUUGUUUCAUCAUGUUUUUGUGAUUUUGAUCGAAAGUUAGCAUAAAACGCCCAUAAAAUGACUAAAUUAGUUCGCGAAUUGCUCCAAAAUGGGCGUUCGUAUGAUGAAACCGAUCGGAUGCCGGACAGAAUAACUAUAAAUAACCUGGAUAUUUUUAUGUAUGUGGUGGCUAUUAUGGGUCAUUUUGUGGACCUGGGUCUAGAUAUUAACAUAGCUGUGAGGUAUUCUAUAGCUCUGAAGAUGACGGAGUUCGGCUGGACGCUGGCGUUUAUCCUUGUGCCUGCGUUUGUCAACACUGCUGUUUCCAUAAGGAUGUACUGUCUGGACAAGCAACAGGACUCUCUAUCGAAUGAGUUCACAAAACGCAAGUGGCUCCGUAUCUUCAUACUAGUGUUGCAGCUGGCGCCUAUACUGCGGUUUGCUGAUGCUCUCAUUUAUGCAAUUAAGUCUCGUCGUGCGGAACGCAAACAGGACACAGCUACGCAGCGGAAGUACUACAGUCUGAUGCUGAAGGAGGAUUCUGAUGCUGCCCUACUUCGAAUCUUCGAGUGCUUCCUGGAAGCGGCGCCGCAGCAGGUCUUGCAGACCAGUUUGUUGUUGCGAGCUAACCCGGAUUUCACUGUUCACCAGGUCCUGUCAAUAGCGUCGUCUAUCGUGGGCAUGGGCUGGUGUCUCGCAGCGUACCAACGCGCCGUGCGCUUCUACCAGCAGGACAAAUACAACAUGAGCUGGACCGGCACUGCGUUGCAGACUAUCUGGCACUUCCUUGUUACCUUGAGCCGAAUAAUCUCAAUAUCAGUGAUCGCGUACCUGUUCCCCCAUUGGACAGUCCUAGCGUGCACCAUUCACAUCUUCAUCACAGCCACGCUCAUACAACUCUUCGACCGUUCUCCGUUCUGCUCACACAACCGCCUCGCCGAUGUCGCCUUCUCUUUCGCACUUGGAGCAGUAUACAUCUUCACAUACAUCCUUCCAGUAGAAGGAAAGACAAGAUAUAGGUAUACUAUCUACUAUAGUAUAUGUUUUAUACAGAAUCUCGCUUGUGGAGCCAUCUGGUACAUGUUUGUGACCAAUGAAAUGAGGAACUCGAUAUAUUUCUUCCCAGUUUUAGCAUUUACUGUGGUACCCUACGUUGUAGGGCUAGUUAUAAUGGUAAUUUACUACAGGUUCUUCCACCCUGAAAUUAGUAAACGAGGAUUCAGUGUGACGUUCGUUAGUGACCGAGUCAUAACUAGUAGUUAGCGUUUAAAAACUGAAGUAUUCAUUGAGAUUGUUUUGUUACUGAGUUACAUAUCAGUAUGUAGAUUAGAAAACAUGUUAACUAAACUAUGUGUCACAAUAGUUAU